AUGCAAUUGUCCAGGAAUUUGUUUCUAGGGAUUUCUGCUCUGGCAGCUGCCCUCGGUAAUGCUCAGCAGGAGGCCACGGCCCCUGAAGGCAGCGCGGUCGUCAAAUUGACAUCCGAGAAUUUCGCAGACUUUAUUAAAGAACAUCCCUUGGUAUUGGCCGAGUUCUAUGCACCAUGGUGCGGGCACUGUAAGACCCUAGCACCUCACUAUGUUGAGGCUGCAGCCACCCUAGAGAGCAAAAACAUUCCUCUGGCUCAAGUUGACUGUACAACGGAAGAGGAACUAUGUAUGGAGCAUGGGAUCAGGGGAUACCCAACCAUCAAGGUGUUCAGAAACCACCAAGUCGAUGCCCCAUCUGAUUACCAAGGUGGAAGAACUGCAAGUGCCAUUGUAUCAUACAUGAUCAGCCAAUCGCUGCCACCAGUCAGUAUUCUGGAGGGCGAGGAAGCUGCUGAUGACUUCAAAGACCUCUUGGCUGAGUCAAGUGGAGCUGUGAUUGUCGAUGGUGGUGUUGAGGGCUUGAACGAGACUUUCCACGAACUAGCAGAAUUGUUCAGAGACGACUUUACAUUCGUCCAAUACAACGGUUCUGAUGCCAAACAAAAACUCUCCGUCUACUUGCCAAAGCAAGAUGCUCCUAUUGUUUUCGAGGGCAAGAACGCAUCUAUCUCCCACUUGGUCGACUGGGUUCAGGUCGAGACAAAGCCUUACUUUGGCGACAUUAACGGUGAAACGUUUCAAUCUUACAUGGACUCCAAUGUGCCUUUGGCUUACUUCUUCUACACCAGCCCUGAGGAGCGCGCUUCUUAUGAGGACUUCUUCUCUAAGCUAGGUAAGGAACACAGAGGUAAGAUCAACUUCGUUGGCUUAGACGCCUCUGCCUUUGGUAGACACGCUCAGAAUUUAAACAUGAAGGAGCAGUUCCCUCUGUUUGUCAUUCAUGACACUGUGUCCAACUUGAAAUAUGGUUUGCCACAACUUUCUGAGGAGGAAUUUUCUUCCCUAACCAAGCCAUUGGAACUGAAGACAAAGGAUAUUGCGAAGUUCAUUAAGAGCUUUAUUUCCGGAAAAGUGGAGCCAAUCAUUAAGUCUGAAGAGAUCCCUGAGAAGCAAGAAUCUAGCGUGUUCAGAAUUGUGGGUAAGACUCACGAAGACAUUAUCAACGACGAGACUAGGGAUGUUCUGGUCAAGUACUACGCCCCAUGGUGUGGACACUGCAAAAGGCUGGCCCCUGUUUACGAGGAGUUGGCCAAUGUCUACGUCACUGACAAAGACGCUCAAGACAAGGUCCUAGUCGCCAACGUUGACGCAACUUUGAACGACGUUAACGUCGACCUUGAGGGCUACCCUACUUUGAUUCUAUACCCUGCUGGAAAUAAGUCAACUCCUGUUGUCUACCAGGGUGCCAGAGAUAUGGAGUCUCUCAUGAACUUCAUCCAAGAGAACGGUCACCACGAAAUCAAUGGUACUGCCAUCUUGGAAAGCAAGAAGGCUCAGGAAGCUAAGGAAGCCGAUGAAGAAGCUGAAGCUAUUGAAGAAGAGAGCGUUGAACACGACGAAUUAUAG